CCGUUAAAGGAGGCAAGAAAUCAAAACAAAACAUCAAUAUUUUUGCGAGAGAAGUGGUUUUGACAUGGACAUACUUCGACCAUUACAGAAGAACGUCACUGGUUUACAUCCGCAUAUCAGGGAAUCAAAUGUACAUGCAAUAUCUACUUUGCCGAGGUCUUUGAGUUCUAAUUCCCAAAGAAUUUCGGGAAGUAGUUUGAAUGGAGAACCUGAAGGAUCCUAUUUCACUUUUCCAUAUCGAUGCAAGUCUACAACGAGGAUCCAGAGAAUUAAGGAAUCAUACGGAGUACAAGAAGGAUCACUAUACGCGUCUCCAGAUAGGAGUGCCUUCACUCAAAAGACCCUGUCAAGCAGGCAAACGUCUGAAAAGCCAGAAGAUGCUAGUUCUGACAAUUUGCCAAUUAGAAGGCCACCAGACAGAGGCAAAAUCUUGAUACAUAGACAGCCAAUAUCUAGGUCGGACCCAAAAUUAAGUACCAGUAUUUUUCAAACACCUAAUAAGUCAACUGAGCAGCAAACAAAAAGGCCAGAUAAUGAUCAACAGAGUCUCCAAAUUCAGAAUGAAGUACUUCGUCAGCGUAUUGCAUCAUCAAAAAAUAUAUUGAAAAAACUGGAAACUCUACCGUUCCUGGAAACAAAGGCAUACAAAGGUCUUUUGGAUGUUCUGGAAAAAGAAAAUGUGGCUAUUGUCACAGGUGUUUCUGGAGAUGGAAAAACGUUUAUUGCCUAUAAAUGUCUCCAAAAAUUAAUGCAAAUUAAGCAAAUGAGACCAUUGAUAUUGGAAAGCCACAGAGACUGGAAAAGAUGCGUUUUCCAAGAGAAACGUCUUGCCAUACUUGUUAAAAAUUUUAAUGGUCAAGACAUAUUUACGGCUGAAUUCACACAAAACCUCUGGUGUCAUCUGAUGGAAAUUUCUCAAAAUUUAAAGACUAGCUAUAUUCAUACAAAUAAAAUCAUUUUGGUGCUUCGGAAAGAAAUUUUGCAGUGUUUUUUAUCUGAUUUGGAGAAUUUCAUGGGAAUUACACAGAACAAUAUCAUUGAUCUAACUGAAUAUGCUCUUUCUGACGACGAGAAGUCAGAAAUGCUUAGUUUAUACAGCAUUGACCAGAUUGCAAAUGAAAUAGCUUUAUUUGAUUCAGCUGUUCAAUUUGGAUUUCCGAGGUUUUGUCAAAUUAGGAGUGUGCAUCAUGGAAAGCAGAAAACUAAAAAAGUUGAUUCAAAUGACAUUGCAGCAGCUACCCUUGCAAAUCUUGAGCCAGAGUUUUUCACAAUUUUAGCAUUUGUCUGCAUCAAUGGAAAAAAGAUAAGAAGAAAUAUCUUCCAAGAUCAGUGUUUGGAAAAUUCAUUUUUAAAUACAAUGAUUUCUUUCAUUAAUAGGACAAUGGCAAGGGGUGCUACUAGAAAUUGUCUAAACCCAGUGGAAGUGGCAGACUGGCUUUCUGAAGUGUAUCUCGCAAAAUGUUCUCUAGAAGGAGAAGAGAUUUAUUAUAUUUUGCACGAGAGUAUCUUUCAGGGCACUGUAUCAAUCAUCCUUGAAAACUAUCCUCAAACUGUGUUUCAGUUUGCACCAUACAAUAUGUUUCAAUUUCUUGAAAGCAAGGCUAAAGAUCGAACAUGCAGCGUGGACCAAUUAUGCAGAAUUAAACAUGCAAUUGUGAACCGCAUUGCAUUUGAUAUACAAUUUAGCAAAACACAUGACAUCUUAGGGUAUAUUGCAGAUCUAGACCAAUGGUCGAAUGAAGAAUUCCUGAAUAUAUGCGUUGAAACUCACGAACUGGAAAACUCAAUUGUCAAUUUAACCGAUGCAAACCUAGGGUUUUUCCUAGCAGCAAUAAUUCAAGGGAACAACAUCAGCCUGAUGAGAUUAGUUGCAAGUUAUAUUAAGAAAAAAAUCAUGUGUUUUACUUCCAACAAUGAAUAUAUUAUUUCCAUAGCAUCUGAGAAAGGAUCGGUGGAAAUGUUCACACUUUUUGAGGACCUCGGAGUAUUUAAAAGGGAUAUCUUAGACGCAGUUUUGUUUAAAGCAACGAAAGCUAAUAAUUUGCCUCUACUCUCCCAUUUAAUUAAAGAUCAUAAAUCAUUGGCACGGGAUUUAAAAGACGAUAAAGGAUAUUCACUUCUACACUAUGCAGCAAUGAGUGGGUCGAAAGAAAUAAUAGAACUUCUUGUUCAAAAUGGGUUCGAUCCAAAUGAACGAUCUGCAGUGAAUGAAACAAUACUUCAUAUUUUUGCAAGGUUUGGUAACGUAUCUGACGUUGACUGGCUACAACAGGAGUACACCAAGCAACUGUUAAAAAAGACGCGUCUAGGCAUGUCAAUUUUGCACUAUGCAGCAUUGAAUAAAGAAACGGAUGUUAUUGAAUUUUUGAUAUACAGCCUUGGAAUGGACCCACGUGAAAAAACAACAAAAGAGGAGAAUAUUCUUCAUCUUGCUUGUGACCACGGAUAUUAUAACAUGAUAGAAUAUAUAAUAGAUAAUUUCCCGGACCUUGUUCAAUCAGAAGAUAUUCAUGGAUUAAAUGCAUUACACAAGGCUUGUAGAAGAGGACAUCUUGAUGCAGUGAAAGUUUUAACGAAGUUUGAAGUUCUGUAUGCAAAGUAUUCAAGAAACGGAGAAAGUGUUUUGCAUGCUGCAUGUAUGAGUAAGAAUUUCGAUACGUUCAAACAUUUGUUCAACACUUUUCCAAAACUAAGGGAUAUACAAUUGAAGGGAGAUACCAUAAUUCAAUAUGCAGCUGCUUACGGGAGUAAAGAUAUGCUUAUGUUUCUUUUAGAACAAGGUUAUAAAGCAAGUGAUUGUAACCCAAAUCGAGAAAAUGCAUUGCACAGAGCAUGCAAGGAAGGAAACAUGGAAACUGUAAGAUUUAUAUGUACAAAAUAUCCCGAUCUUCUCAAUGCAAUCGACAAUGAUGGACUUGAUCCAAUGCUUUGUUCCGUUUGCAGCAAAUCUCUUGAUGUCGUCAAAUAUAUUAUUUCACAAGAAUGUUACCACAAACAAACUUCAAAUACUGGUCAAGGGAUUCUUCACAUUGCAUGUAUGAACAGCUCAGUUCAUGUUAUACAGUAUAUAUGUGAUAGCUUUCCAGCGGAGAUGGAAAGACGUGAUAUCAACGGAAAAUCGCCAGUGCUUCUUGGAGCAAUGAAUACAGACUUAAAUGUAAUUAAGUUUUUAGUAAACAAUGGUUUCAAUACUAAUUGUAUUUCAUUGGACAGGAAAAAUGUUCUUCACAAUGCUUGUUACAACAGAAAUUCUGAAAUCUUAAAGUACCUUUUCAAAACUUUACCUUCUCUCAAAUAUCGAAAAGAUAUUCGUGGAUAUAACUUACUACAUUGUGCUUGUGAAGCUAGAGCUGACAAUGCAAUUGACAUUCUAAUAGGAGAAGGGUUUGAUAUUCGCUCAACAACAUUUGAUAAUUUAACCGCUCUUGAUAUUGCAUUUAUGAGUAAGGAUCAGGACAUUGAAAUGAAAUUAAUAAGAGAAUACAAAAAGAAACAUUCUAAGUCCAUUGAAAAAAUAGUCUUGCAUGACAUAUCUCAGUACCAGUCUAGGCUGCUAAGAUCUUUGAACACUUAUGAAUAUCUUGAUUUGACAGUAAGUUCGCAAACAAAGAUAGGGAAACUGGACAGAGAGUUACUGAUUUCUACUACCGAAGAUAACGCUAAAAAACUAGCAGGAAAACAAAAUUUCGAGACAGCAAAAGAUAUUUCUUAUCUUUAUAACAAUUUAUUAUAUUUUGCAAAAUAUGAAACGAACACGUCUACCAGGUUUCUAGAGCGCUUGAUCGAAAUGGCUAUAAGUAAUCCAAAAUUGUUAUCUUGGUACAUUAAAGUUGCAUUUCGUUUUCCUCUGGAAAUUUCCAGUAAAUGGCUUGCCUCAAUGCUUCCUGAAAUUAAGGACUAUUCAUCCAAAGAGAUUCAGAAAAUAAUUGGAGGUGGGAUAUGCAAGAAGUUAGAAUUCGACAUAAAAUCUAUUCAACCUAAUGUAAUAAUACAUUCCAUCUGGGCAGGUUGCAAAUGUCCUCACUUUAUGGGUAAUCAAAAUUUAUCUAACAGCUUCGACACACUAGUGGUUGUGUCGGAAGGACUUAAUGCAGAAGAAAUAAAUAUGGAUAAAUAUCUUGGUAUUGAUGUAUAUUUUAGAGACGUCGAUACUUUCUCAAAAGAAGCUUCUGAAAUGAUGCGUUAUGAAGAUGAGAAUUUGUCAUCUGUACAGAUAAGUAAAACAGAUAUAAAAGUAUUAAUGAAACAACAUAGUAAUAUAACGCUUAUAUCAGCUUCUGGUGUGAAAUCUAAAGGAUUUGAUUUAGGAGAAGGAAGGCCACCAACAAAACUGAAUACAGUGGUUAUUUACUGCAGGAUAAAGGGAAUAAUUCCUUUGGGCGAAAGUAUGUUUCCAAAACAUAUAGGCGGUUUUCCUGUAGACGUUCGAGAAAGUGUUGUAUCGUUUGCAGCUGGACAUGAGGGUUUAAGAAUGGGGGAAAGAAUAGAACCGACCGGUGAAAACACCUUUGGAACGCUAGGUGGUUUCAUUAAUAUUGACGACAAUCGUCUGGGAUUCAUAACAUGUGCACAUGUAGUGUGUCCGACCAUUAGGGAUCCAUCAUCGAUUUCAGAUUAUAUAAAUCACACAAAUCCUUCUGUAAGCAUUCUAAAAGAAAAUGGCAGGCAAAUGCAUAUCGGCAAAACACUUCACGGAAUCUUUAAUUUGCAUCAAACAUGUGACAUGAGUAUCGAUGCAGCUUUAGUGGAAUUGACGGACAAAGAUAAAUUUCCAGAAACGGGACAUUUUUCAGACAGACGUCUUACUCAAGAAACUCUUCAGAAAGCAGGCUUUGAAGACCACGAAUCACUUUUCUUUUGUGAUGGUAAAAUAGCGGUUGUUUCCGAAAUCACAAGAAGCAAGGUGGUAAAAGUCGGUGCUGCUUCCGGAAUAACACUCGGAGAAAUUCAUUAUAUGCAUCCUGAAGCCUCAAUAGACCAAAAAGAGGUUUUGAUAUGCGACAGAAAAGUUAGGCUAAGCGGACAAAUAGAAAUUCGCAAAACAACUGGAUUUGAAUAUUUCAUGAGAGAAGGGGAUUCUGGUUCGUUUAUUUUUAUUUUAGAAGAUGGAAACCCGCCUACACUGAAAUGCAUCGGAAUGGCCGUGGCUUGUACCAAGCAUGGAACGUGUUUUAUGACCCCUAUUAUAGAUGUUCUUUCAAGUUUGAACCUAACUACCGCUCAACUUACACCAUUUAAGUAUCAAUAUAAAAAGGAUAAAAAUUUAGAAAAAAUAAUGGUGUUCAUGUUUGAGGACUUAGAAAAAAGAUUGACAGAGUCGAUGAAAACAACAAUAAACAACAACUUUGCAUCCGUAAAGAAUGACAUAUCCAGUAAUCUAUCAUCGUUAGCAAGUACUGUGAACGACGCAAAAGACGAACAUAAAAAUGACAUAUCCACCCUUUCAAAACAGUUGGCUGAAGUGAAGGAGGACGUUUCAGAUCUAAAGAACAGGAUGUCAAGUAUUGAAAAAAAGAAAUAAUUAAAUGACAUCAAAUUUGUUUUAAUUAAGUGAUUUAUGAUGUUUCUUGAUAUGUUUACUUGUAAUUCAUAGAGACAUUGAUGCAUGUUUAACGAUUUGAA